AUGGGCGAGGGCGCGCUGGCCCCGGGCCUGCAGCUGCUGCUCCGCGCCUGCGAGCAGGGCGACACCGACACCGCGCGGCGCCUGCUGGAGCCCGGCGCGGAGCCGGCCGUGGGACCCGAGGCGGGAGCGGAGCAGGCAGGGCCCGAGGCGGCCCGGGUGGCGGAGGCCGGAGCGCCGGUGCCGGUGGACUGCUCGGAUGAGGCGGGCAACUCGGCGCUGCAGCUGGCGGCGGCCGGUGGCCACGAGCCGCUCGUGCGGUUCCUGCUGCGCCGCGGAGCCUCGGUCAACAGCCGCAACCACUACGGCUGGAGCGCUCUCAUGCAGGCGGCCAGGUGUGGGCAUGCGAGUGUGGCACACCUCCUUUUGGAUCACGGGGCUGAUGUCAACGCUCAGAAUCGGCUCGGUGCCAGCGUGCUCACUGUGGCUUCUCGGGGCGGCCACCUGGGUGUGGUGAAGCUGCUGCUAGAGGCAGGCGCCAUUGUGGACCCUCACAACCCCUCUGGCGAGUCACCAGCCAUGGGAGGCAGCAGGGAUGAGCUGCUGGGCAUCACAGCCCUGAUGGCCGCCGUUCAGCAUGGGCACGAGGCUGUGGUCCGCUUGCUGAUGGAAUGGGGUGCGGACCCCAACCACACAGCCCGGACCGUGGGCUGGAGCCCUCUGAUGCUGGCAGCCCUCCUUGGGAAGCUCAGUGUGGCGCAGCAGCUGGUUGAGAAGGGAGCCAACCCCGACCACCUCAGUGUGCUGGAGAAGACGGCCUUCGAGGUUGCCCUUGACCGCAAGCACAGGGAUCUGGCCGACUACCUGGACCCACUGACCACUGUCAGGCCGAAAACAGAUGAGGAGAAGAGUCGACCUGACAUUUUCCACGCACUGAAGAUGGGAAACUUCCAACUGGUCAAGGAGAUUGCCGAUGAAGACCCCAACCACGUGAACCUGGUCAACGGUGACGGGGCGACCCCGCUGAUGCUGGCGGCUGUCACGGGGCAGUUGCCCCUGGUACAGCUGCUGGUGGAGAAGCACGCAGACAUGGACAAGCAGGACAGUGUGCAUGGCUGGACAGCCCUCAUGCAGGCCACCUACCACGGAAAUAAGGAAAUUGUCAAGUAUCUGCUAAAUCAAGGGGCUGAUGUUGCCCUUCGGGCCAAAAAUGGGUACACGGCCUUUGACCUGGUGAUGCUGCUGAACGAUCCAGACACUGAACUUGUUCGACUGCUGGCAUCUGUGUGCAUGCAGGUGAAUAAGGACCGAGGCCGGCCCAGCCACCGACCACCCCUGCCCCACUCGAAGGCCAGGCAACCCUGGAGCAUCCCCGUGCUGCCCGAUGACAAGGGAGGCCUGAAGUCCUGGUGGAGCCGGAUGUCCAACAGGUUCCGAAAGCUCAAACUUAUGCAGACACUGCCACGUGGACUGGCUGCCAACCAGCCUCUGCCUUUCUGUGAUGAGCCCGAGCUGGCGCUGGACUCCACCAUGCGGGCACCCCCCCAGGACAGGACUAGCCACCUUGGGCCACCUGACGCAGCCCAUGGGACCAAAGACAGCGGUCCUGGGAGCCCAAGGAGAGAGAAGGAAGAUGUGUUACUGACAACCAUGCUACGGAAUGGAGCUCCCUUCCCCCGGCUCCCCAGUGACAAGCUGAAGGCCGUCAUCCCCCCCUUCCUGCCUCCGUCCAGCUUUGAGCUGUGGAGCUCUGACAGGUCCCGCAUGUGUCGCAAUGGGAAGGCAGACCCCACAAAGACUGUGCUGCCCCCCAGAGCCAGCAGGGCCCACCUUGUGGGCACAGACACCGCUGCUGGCAGGCCAGUGAAAUUCCCCAGCAUCUCCCGAAGCCCCACCUCCCCUGCCAGCUCUGGGAACUUCAACCACUCACCUCAUUCCUCAGGAGGUGCCAGUGGCAUUGGGGGCAUGAGCAGGCUGGGUGGGGAGCUGCAUAACCGCUCAGGUGGCAGCGUAGACAGUGUCUUGUCCCAGAUCGCUGCGCAGAGGAAAAAGGCAGCUGGAUUGUCUGAGCAGAAGCCCGGCCAGCGGUCCAGUCCUGUGGGGCCAGCGCCCAGCUCCAGCCCGCCUGCGCUGCCAGCCUCCCUCGUGGGCAGUGGCGGUGGCUCUUCCAGUGGCGCUUCCGGCAGCAAGAAACUGGACCCCAGCAAGCGGCCUCCAUCUGGAACUUCUGCUACCUCUAAAAGCACGUCCCCUACCCUCACGCCCUCGCCCUCUCCCAAAGGCCAUGCUGCGGAAUCCUCGGUGUCUUCCUCGUCAUCCCAUCGGCAGUCUAAGAGCAGUGGAGGCUCCAGCAGUGGCACCAUCACAGACGAGGAUGAGCUGACUGGAAUCCUUAAGAAGUUAUCGCUUGAGAAAUACCAGCCCAUCUUCGAGGAGCAAGAGGUGGACAUGGAGGCCUUCCUCACGCUCACUGACGGUGACCUGCAGGAGCUGGGUAUUAAGACGGAUGGUUCCCGGCAGCAGAUUCUGGCCGCCAUCUCCGAGCUGAAUGCAGGCAAGGGGCGUGAGAGGCAGAUUCUACAGGAAACCAUUCACAACUUCCACUCUUCCUUUGAGAGCAGCGCCAGCAACACCAGGGCCCCUGGCAACAGUCCCUCCAUGGCCGGAUGGGCGAGGCCAGAAGAAGCAGUGUCAAGCAAGAGGUAGCUACAGCUUGAUGGUUCUGCUGGCACCAAAGCCCUGAGGCAUCGAGGUUGAGCAGUGAAUCUCUGCCCUUCCGUUGCGUCUGCCCCUGGGUUAUCUCCUCCCUGGGACUCACAGCAAGUGGACAGAAAGAAGGCUGGCUAGCCAAAUCAUCAGAGCUGAUGCAGCGUGCAGGGGCCUGGGAAGCCCCUCUCUUUGCUAAUGCUUUGGAGAGGCCUGAACAUGUACAGGUCAAGAUGGAGGCUCCAUGGCUGCAGAUAAGAACCCUAACCUCUACAUCCAAGUAGGUGCUGCCUUCAAGGCCUGGGACCCUUCCAGAAAAGAUGCUACGUACAGGUGAACCCCUGCAGAAGGCAUGGUGAAGCGCCCCACUGUGGCUCUCCUUGUUCAUUUUAAGCAAUCACCAGCGGGUCCUGUUCAACAUGUGAGGAAGCCUAAUGCUGUCCCUAAUGAAGCUGGUGCCAGAUUCUGCAGGAUGCCAGGGAGAGAGUGCCAAGACCCUUGGGAGUUUCCCACUUGCUUUCUGGUUCCUUCCAGAGGGCUGGCCAGGCUCCCCGUGCUGUUCGGGCACUGCUCUCCAGGAGCGGACUUGGACA